GUUCCCAUUUUAGCACUUGCAGUUCAACUUGGAAUGACUCUGCUCUUCUUUAACCUCCAUGAAAAUUGUCUUUCCGGCAGCUUUGGCUGCAACCCAGUUUCAUUCCUUAGAAAACCGAGUGAUUUAUGUCUUUGAGAACUGCAAAUCCAUCGACCAGCUGAAGCAAAUGCAUGCCCAGACCAUUAGCACAGGUUUCGCAUCGGACCCAGCUGUGCUAGGCAGAAUCACUGUCUUGUGCUGUAGCCAUGAAUUUGGUGACAUGAAGUAUGCCCGCAAGGUGUUUGAUAGAAUUCCUGAACCAAGUGUUUUUAUCUGGAACACCAUGAUCAAGGGGUAUAGUAGGUCACAUUGCCCCCAUUAUGAGAUAUCUGUGUAUGCAGCAAUGCUGAGGAUGGGUACGGAGCCCGACUGCUUUACGUUCUUGUUAAGGGGAUUUACUCGCGAGAUUGCAUUGGAAUGGGGGAGAGGGUUCUAUGCUCAUGUGUUGAAGUUUGGUUUCGGUUCUAUUGUUUUCGUACACAAUGCAUUGGUGCAGAUGUACUGUAUUUGUGGUCAGGUUGAUAUGGCACGUGGGGUUUUCGACCUGGUGAGUGAGAAGGAUGUUGCUACUUGGAAUGCAAUGAUGUCCGGGUACAAUAAAAUCAAGAAGUUUGAUGAGUCUUGGAAGCUUUUCUGUGACCUGAAGAAGAAGGGAGUGUUGCCCACUUCGGUCACAUUUGUCUCGGUACUUACAGCUUGCUCCAAGUUGAAGGAUUUAGAUGCUGGGAAGCAGGUUCACGACUACCUCAAGGAGUGCGUGAUUGAACCUAAUCUGAUUUUGGAGAAUGCUUUGGUUGACAUGUAUGCUGAUUGUGGAAAGAUGGAUGUUGCAGUUGAGAUUUUUGAGAAUAUGAAAAGGAGUGAUGUAAUCUCUUGGACGAGCAUUGUUAAGGGGUCUGCAAUUCAGUACAAGUAUUUAGCUCGAAACUACUUUGAUCAGAUGCCAGACAGAGACUAUAUUUCAUGGACUACAAUGAUUGAUGGAUACGUAAGGGUGAACCGGUUCAAAGAGGUUUUGGAACUCUUCCGUGAGAUGCAGGCAUCAAAUAUAAAACCAGAUGAAUAUACCAUGGUAAGCAUUCUUACAGCUUGUGCACAUCUUGGAGCACUAGAACUCGGAGAAUGGAUAAGAACUUACAUUAACAAAAACAAGAUAAAAAAUGAUACUUUUGUGCGAAAUGCUUUGUUAGACAUGUAUUUCAAGUGUGGAAAUGUUGAGAAAGCUGUGAAGGUAUUCAAUGCAAUGCUUCAAAGGGACAAAUUUUCCUGGACAGCUAUGAUUCUUGGCCUUGCUAUUAAUGGACAUGGUAAGGAAGCUCUUAACAUGUUCAGUCAAAUGCUGAAAUCUGCAGUAGCCCCGGACAAGGCUACAUACCUUGGUGUUCUUUGUGCGUGUACUCACUCUGGCAUGGUUGAUGAAGGUAGAAACUAUUUCUCUAGUAUGAGCACCCAAUAUGGGAUUGAGCCUACCGUUGAGCAUUGCGGGUGUAUAGUAGAUCUUCUGGGUCGAGCAGGGUGCCUUAAAGAAGCUUAUGAUUUUAUACAGCGUAUGCCAAUAGAGCCAAACUCAGUUGUAUGGGGUGGUACUCUUCUCAGUGCCUGCAGAAUGCAUAAAGAUGCAGAACUGGCUGAAGUGGUGGCAAAACAGAUACUUGAUUUGGAUCCAAAUAAUAGUGCUGUUUAUGUUCACUUAUGCAAUAUAUAUGCAGCUUGCAACAAAUGGGAAAGUUUCCGCAAGGUAAGGCAGACGAUUAUGGAUAAGGGGAUCAAGAAGACUCCUGGUUUUAGUUUGAUAGAGGUGGAUGGUGAUGUUCAUGAGUUUGUAGCCGGGGAUGGCUCACAUCCUCAAUCCGAAAAGAUAUAUUCCAAGUUGGAUGAGAUGAUCAGAGACUUGAAAUCUGCAGGGUAUUCACCUGAUACGUCUGAAGUUUUUCUUGAUGUAGGGGAAGAGAAUAAAGAGAGUUCAGUUUAUACGCACAGUGAGAAGUUAGCAAUUGCAUUUGGAUUGAUUAGUUUAGGACCUGAUGUGACUAUUAGAGUCACAUGGCCAAGCUGGUUUCCAAGGUGUAUGAUAGAGAAGUAAUUGUUAGGGAUGGAACACGGUUCCACCAUUUCAG